AUGGGUGAUUCCAGUUUAAAUACUGGUCCUUGCGUUCCUGAACCUACUAGUCCUUUAUUUUUACUUCCUUCCGAUGUGCCGGGAGUGUCUCUUGUUAGUGUUCCUUUCUCUGGGACAGGUUUUGGGGGUUGGAAGCGAAAUAUGAUAGUUUCUCUGUCUACUAAAAACAAAAUAGGGUUCAUAGAUGGCUCGUGCGUUAAGAGUGUACAAUACUCAGAAACAGCUGAGAGUAUUUGGAAAGAAUUAAACAAUAGAUAUGGGACUGUUAGUGGGACUAAAGUCUUUGAGAUUAAAAGAGAGCUUUCCUCCACUUAUCAAGGAUCCCUAGAUGUUGCUUCUUACUUUAAUAAGCUUAAAAAACUUUGGGAUGAACUGGAGAUUAUGCGCAGUAGUCAUGCUAAUGCUUGUGCUGCUAAAGAAGGUCUCCAGAAAGAAAAGGAAGAAGAUAAAGUUCAUCAAUUUCUAAUGGGCCUAAAUGAAGUCUACGUAGGAGUUAGAAGUAAUAUCUUAAUGAUGCACCCAUUGCCUUCCAUUGAUAAUGUUUAUAAUAUACUCCUACAAGAUGAAAAACAAAGACAAGUUCUUCCAAAUCCACAAGCUUAUUCUGAAUCAGCCUCUUUUCAUGCAAACUCCAAUAAGUUUCCUCCUCAAUUUUCACCUCAGCAACAAUAUCCUCAGAAAUUAAAAUUUGAUCAGUUUAAUCAAAGGGUCAAUCCUGAUCACAGCACGGCUUCACUUUUUUGCAAGUACUGCAAGAAGCAUGGCCAUGUAAUUGAAAAAUGUUACAAGUUGCAUGGGUUUCCUCAGAAUUUCAAGUUUACAAGAGGUAAAAAGUUUGGUACUGCUGCUACUGUUAAAGGGCAGCCUCCUGGUGUUUCUAAUCAUACUCCUUCAAAUGCUGAGGAUUCAUUAAUACCUGGUUUAACUAAAGAACAGUAUACUCAACUGAUGAGCCUUCUUCAACAAUCUGGUCUCAAUGAGUCAUCAUCUCAACCUAUCAUCAUGGGUUCUGCAAACUUUGCUGGUAGUUCUUCUUCCUUACCUGUGUGUCUGAAUGGUACUUCUAAUGUACGCAUGUUGACUAAUGUAGCUGGAAGGAUAUGGAUAGUGGAUUCUGGGGCCACUGACCAUAUGACUUCAAAUAAAAACCUUCUUUUCAACAUUACUCCUCUGCCUAUCCCUUAUCUAGUCCCUUUUCCUAAUGGUUACAAAGUGAAGGUCACAUGCCCAUUCUAUGAAGAAGCUUCUGGAGCUUGUAUUAAACAGCCUAUUCCUCUUCCUGUUGUUUCUGAUUCAUCUGUUUCAAGUUUUAAUACAAUAGCUGAAGUGCAUGAUUUUCCUUUGAAUGCACAUAUAGAUGUCCUGAACUCUCUUCAUGAUCCUGUUUCAUUACCAAAUUGUAACAGUAACCAACAUAUAAAUAAAAAUGAUGUUUUUUGGCAUCACAGACCGGGUCAUGUUCCUUUUGCACAAAUGAAAAAUAUACCUUCUAUUUCUUCUUCUUUACCAGCAAAACAGUCCUUUAUUUGUCCUAUUUGCCCUUUAGCAAGACAACCUAGACUGUCAUUUCCAAACAACUCUACUCAUUCUACUGCACUGUUUCAACUUAUACAUGUAGAUACUUGGGGUCCCUACCACACUCAAUCAUAUUCUGGGCCAAGAUACUUUCUGACUAUAGUUGAUGAUUACAGUAGGGAAACUUGGACACAUUUGGUGCACUCCAAAAGCUAUGCCUUUAGCUUAAUUAAGGCAUUUAUAGCAAUGGUUAAAACACAAUUUCAACUUCCUACAAAGUCAUUAGAAGUGAUAAUGCCUUAG